AUGACCGAUUUUCAGAUGCGUGUAAUCUGUACCACCUCGUGGUAUCUGCAUAAGCCGCCGAGGACAACCAUUCGUGGUUGUAAACCAAGGCCUUCAUCUCAGAUUGCUACCGCACGUGUAGCAGCUGCUGCCCCACUCCCGUUCUCUUCCAUGGUGGCACGCAAAGUCUCCGUCCGAGACCUGUACGGAAGUACCUGUGUUGCCUUGAAGAAACCGCUCAAUAGAAGCCGCGACCCGACGGCCGAUUACCUCCUGGCCCGCGCUCGACCGCUCAGUGCACCUGUUCGCAGAACACCUCCGCCUUUGCCGACCAUGGCCGACUCCGACGGACACAUCUCGACCAUUUCGUCGCACAGCGCCUUCGAUGAGCUCCUGGCAUCAACUCGAUACGUGGUCGUCGACUUCUACGCCGACUGGUGCGGGCCGUGCAAGAUGAUCGCGCCGCACUUCGUAAAGCUGGCCUCGACCUACGCGAUCCCGGGCUUCCUGGCCUUCGCCAAAGUCAACGUCGACCACGUCGGGUCGGUCCCGCAGAAGUAUGGCGUCGCUGCGAUGCCCACGUUCAUGUUCUUCAAGGACGGGAAACAAGUCGCUGUCAACAGCAACACCGUAAUACAAGGAGCAAACCUGCCUACUCUGAGCGCGGCCGCUGAAAAGAUGGGGAGGCUGGCCAAGGAGAAGGCCGAGGCGGCCGCUGCCGAGAAUACUGAAAAACAUUGA